AUGCAGAACGACGCCGUCUACCAGGCCACUACGGCUGUCCUUAGGGCUGUCGCGAAGGGUGAUUACAGCAAGUUCAGCGAGGAACAAAGGCUCACUCUUCCCGGGCAUGAUACCUUUGAUAAAAGGUCGCUGGAGAGGGAGCUUAUAUCGCUGGUACAGCGGAUACAGCAUUUAGAGUCAAAGGCCAAUGCAGUUAGCCAGCACUUUCCUGAUACUCCCAACGAAAAUGGCGGUCUUGUACGGGACGAAGAAGGGAAUGGCAGUAGCCCGACCAGCGAUUCCAGCGAACAAUCUCACCAGCUCGAGUUUCUGCACAAACAUGUCAAAUCUCAAGAGCAAGAGAUCCAGGAAAAUAGGAAAAUAAUGAAGAAUUUGAUGGAGGAGGCAGAAAAAGCGAAACAAACUCCACAUAUUCCCAUAGACGAGGCAACAAAAGUGGAGAGACUUCAGCGGGAGCUAAAGAAAUCACAACAAGCGAAUGAGGCUUUUUCAAAGGCUCUCCGAGAAAUCGGAGAGAUUGUCACUGCUGUUGCAAAGGGAGACCUAAACAAGAAGGUUACUGUCCACGCUGUAGAGAUGGACCCUGAAAUCACUACUUUCAAGAAUACUAUCAAUACCAUGACAGACCAAUUGCAGACGUUUGCAAGUGAGGUGUCUCGAGUGGCUCGAGAGGUAGGAACCGAGGGUCGCCUUGGAGGACAGGCUAGAAUUGCGGGCGUAGAGGGAACAUGGAUGGAGUUGACAAAUAACGUAAACGUUAUGGCUUCGAAUCUCACAAAUCAGGUUCGAGAGAUUGCAGAUGUUACCACAGCUGUUGCUAACGGAGAUCUUUCUCGAAAAAUCCACGUUCAUGCCCAAGGAGAGAUCCUGGAACUGCAACAGACUAUUAACUCUAUGGUCGAUCAACUUCGAACAUUUGCCUUUGAGGUUACUCGAGUUUCUCGUGAAGUCGGAAUCGAUGGCAUCCUUGGUGGUCAGGCUGAGAUACGCGAGGUGAAGGGAACAUGGCGAGAGCUUACCGAUAAUGUGAAUGCUAUGGCUGCAAAUCUCACAGAUCAAGUGCGGAACAUUGCAGCUGUCACUACAGCUGUCGCAGAAGGAGAUCUUACCAAGAAAGUCAGCGCCAUUUGUAAGGGAGAAAUAUUACAGCUCAAGGAAACUAUUAACAAGAUGGUCGACCGUCUCCAAAACUUUGCCACCGAGGUUACAAAAGUAGCCCGCGAAGUCGGAACGGAAGGGAAGCUUGGUGGACAGGCUAGAGUAGAGGAUGUGGAGGGCACUUGGAAAUCCCUCACUGAGAACGUUAACAGCAUGGCUCGCAAUCUCACAACCCAAGUGCGCAGUAUCGCUUCGGUUACGACUGCUGUGGCAGAAGGUAAUUUGGCGAGGAAGAUUGAUGUGCACGCCCAGGGAGAAAUUCUACAAUUGAAGGAGACGAUCAACAAGAUGGUGGAACGGUUGCAGAAUUUCGCCACGGAGGUCACGAAGGUCGCCAGGGAAGUCGGUACGGACGGGAUUUUGGGAGGUCAAGCAAGAGUACAAGACGUCGAGGGUGUCUGGAAGGAUCUUACCGACAACGUUAAUAUCAUGGCCAAUAAUCUUACUACACAGGUGCGAAGUAUUGCAGAUGUCACAACUGCUGUCGCCGAGGGUGAUUUGAGUCGCAAGAUUACUGUGCACGCGCAGGGGGAAGUCCUUGCACUGAAAUCGACUAUUAACAAGAUGGUUGACCGUCUUGAGGUGUUUUCGAGAGAAGUCAAGCGUGUGGCAAGAGAUGUGGGGAUAGACGGAAAGUUAGGUGUCCAGGCUGAGGUGAAUGAUGUCGAUGGACUCUGGAAGGAAAUUACCAGCAAUGUGAACACCAUGGCACAAAACCUUACGACCCAAGUCCGAGCUUUCGGUUCCAUCACUGCAGCGGCAGCUGAUGGUGACUUCAAUCGAUUCAUUACCGUUGAAGCUUCCGGCGAGAUGGAUGCCCUCAAGACUAAGAUUAACCAGAUGGUAUUCAAUUUGCGUGACAGUAUUCAGAAGAACACAGCAGCUCGUGAGACUGCAGAAUUGGCGAACAGAACCAAGUCUGAAUUCUUGGCGAACAUGUCUCACGAGAUUAGAACGCCAAUGAACGGUAUUAUUGGAAUGACCCAAUUAACCCUUGACACCGAUUUAACCCAGUACCAACGCGAGAUGUUAAAUAUUGUGCAUAACUUGGCCAAUAGUUUACUGACCAUUAUUGACGACAUAUUGGAUAUUUCGAAGAUCGAGGCAAACCGUAUGGUUAUGGAAGAAAUUCCAUUCUCGCUUCGUGGAACUGUUUUCAAUGCCUUGAAAACACUGGCCGUCAAGGCCAAUGAGCGAUUUUUGGAUCUCGUCUACUGUGUUGACAAUGUUGUUCCCGAUCACGUGGUUGGAGAUUCCUUCCGUUUGAGACAGGUUAUUCUUAACCUUGUCGGAAACGCCAUCAAAUUCACUGAGAGCGGGGAAGUCAAAUUGACUAUCCGUCAAACCGACCAAUCGCGUUGUGCUGAGAACGAGUACUGCUUCGAGUUUUCAGUUUCUGACACCGGGAUUGGAAUCCAGUCAGAUAAACUCGAUUUGAUAUUUGACACCUUCUGUCAAGCCGAUGGCUCUACAACUAGGAAGUUUGGUGGUACAGGUCUUGGCUUAUCAAUUUCGAAACGUUUGGUAAAUCUUAUGGGUGGUGAUGUUUGGGUCAAGAGUCAGUAUGGACAAGGUAGUACCUUCUACUUUACAUGCAUUGUUCGCCUUGCAUCAACAGAUCUUGGUGGAAUUAUGCCCCAACUCAAACCCUACAAGGGUCAUCACGUUCUCUUCAUCGAUAAGAACCGUGAAAAUGCCGCUAUUCCCGAGAUGUUGAGAAUGCUCGAUUUGGUGCCUAUUGUCGUGCAUUCUGCAGAGGACGCACCAUUGCCGGACAUGAAUAACGGAAGGAAGGGUGUGAUGUACGACGUCAUACUCGUUGACUCUAUGGAGACUGCCUUGAAGUUACGGACAUUGGACGACUUUAAGUACAUUCCACUUGUACUCCUCUGCCCGAUAAUCCAGGUCUCACUCAAGUCUACACUCGACUUGGGUAUUACUUCUUACAUGACCACCCCAUGCCUCCCAAUUGACCUGGGGAAUGGCAUGAUCCCUGCUUUGGAAGGAAGAGCUGCGCCUUCGGUUUCUGAGAAUUCAAAAUCCUUCAACUUGCUAUUGGCGGAGGACAACAUUGUCAAUCAGAAGUUAGCUGUGAAGAUCUUGGAGAAGUAUCACCAUACUGUAGAGGUUGUUGAGAACGGUUUGCAGGCUCUCGAAGCUGUCAAAAACAAGCGGUACGAUGUAAUAUUGAUGGAUGUACAAAUGCCUGUUAUGGGUGGUUUUGAAGCAACUGCGAAGAUUCGCGAGUAUGAGAAAGAGGCCGGGUUGUCAAGGACACCCAUCGUUGCCUUGACGGCUCAUGCCAUGUUGGGUGAUCGAGAAAAGUGUAUUCAGGCUCAGAUGGAUGAAUAUUUGUCCAAGCCCCUGAAGCAGAAUACACUAAUACAAGUCAUCCUCAAGUGCGCGACUCUUGGAGGUCCACUUCUGGAAAGAGGCAGCGGACUACUAUCGUCGAUACCGGACGACAGCGAGCGGGUGAACAGGGUCAUAAACGGAGCAAACAUGACCAGGAGUCGGCCGCCACUGGAGCCCCGGGCGGUGACAGUAGCAGUCUCGACCCCGGCGCCAGCCAACCCACAGCAGAUAAUUGAGCUAACAGACGAUGAUGCGAUCGAACAUGAGCGGGUGAGCCAAGACGUAAUGGUUUUCUUGUGA